GAGUCCAGUCAGAAGAAAUCAUGAUGGAAUUGAUCCUUGUCCUGCUGUUUGCUGCCCAUGCUUAUGGCUGUGGUAUAUCUGCCUAUGAUCCCGAUAGGAACCGUGUUGUGAACGGGGUAGAUGCUCGUCGAUACAGCUGGCCGUGGCAGGUCUCUCUGCAGUAUCGUAGCGGCUUCACGUACCGACACACCUGUGGAGGAACUCUGCUCUCUGUUGACUGGGUCCUGACUGCUGCACACUGCAUUGGGUCUCGUACAUACUACGUGGUAGCGGCGGAGUAUGACCUGGAAAUGAAGGAUGGCUUUGAGCAGAUCAUACCUGUGGGGAAGGUCAUAGUUCACCCUCAGUGGGAUGCCAGCUGCCUGUCAUGUGGUAACGACAUUGCAAUGAUCAAACUAGCCUCCCCAGCCAGAUUGAGCGAAAAGGUGAUGUUGGCCUGUCUGCCCAAGAGCGGAGAGAUUGUCCCUCAUGACCACCCCUGCUACAUCACCGGCUGGGGAAGACUCUACACCGGUGGUCCCAUUGCCUCUAAGCUCCAGCAGGCUCUCCUUCCUGUGGUCGAGCACAGCGUUUGCAGCAGCAGCAGCUGGUGGGGGAGCACUGUAAAGCUCACUAUGAUCUGCGCUGGUGGUGAUAUCCGCUCUGGCUGCCACGGGGAUUCAGGGGGUCCUCUGAUGUGCCGGGGUGUGGACCGCAAGUGGUACGUGCAGGGGGUCACCAGCUUCGUCUCCUCCCUCGGAUGCAACACCCUCAAGAAGCCCACAGUGUUCACUCGCACCUCCUCCUUCUCCAAGUGGAUCCAUGACACUAUGAUGCAGCACUGAAGACCUGGAGCCUUUUAUCUGAUGAUAAAUUCACCUCAUCAAUCACCUGUCCUUGGCAUCUUUCAGUGCAAGAAAAAUAAACCCUUGUUAUGUCCC